AUGUUUGAUGAAUGUUUUUGCAGUAGUUGGAAAGAUAUGAAGCUAAAUGAGUCUCAUCUUCGAUUGGUCGUAAUGACGGAGAAUGAAAAACGGUUAUUGUACGAUAGUGAAACCGUUUUACCAAAUAAUUCCGGUUGUUCAGUACCACCAAAUUCCCAGUUAUCAAAGUGCCAGAGAUUUCAUUUGCUGAGACAUCGGUCAGAUUUGCCCAGGAUUUCGAAAAUGAUCUUUGGAUGUUUGUCAAAGACCGAGUCUUUCAAAAUGCAUCAUCUCAGAAAUGAAGGCGUGAUGAUUAGUAGAAUAUUCUCGGUGCCGAAGCAAGCUAAAUUAAGCCACGAAGGUAAAGCGCUGAAAGAAAGUUUAAGUAGCGAGUCGGAAAGUCCUUACUCUUCCGUUCAUUCCUGUGAUGGUCAUCAAAGAAUACAUAGAAGCUCGCAGACCAUGGAUCCACCUGAAAAGUUCACGAGGGUUCGUAAUGCCUCUUUGCAAUUGGAUAAUGAAUAUCCAAGGCCUUUUUCUCCGCAGAGUUUAUCUACUACUCGAAGAAAACAGCUUUCGCAUCGUGGGGACAUUUGUGAUGAAAAUAACUGUGGGCGAUGGAGUAGUCGUAGUAGAAUGAGUAGUUGUAGUUCGGCGAAUGACGACGAUAUGAACCAUGUUGCGAUUGCCAUUAUUUUUAAUUACGCAACAAGGCAAUUUUUGCUUCAACAUAUACCGUUAAUUGAGUUGGAAUUAUUAAAAUUGGAAGCUCAAGUGGUAAAAGCCUGUUUGUCACGAACGGACUAUCUUAAUGUUAUACAUAAGGCAUGGAAAGAUAUGGUUCGGAAUGUAUGUUUGUUACACAAUGCUCCACGUAUUCAGCGGCCAGUAUGGUUGAGUCUUUUGGAAGAAGAAAAAUAUGAACACGUUGCGGAAGAAUUUUGUGCGACUUUAGCUGAAUUGAUCUCUGCCUGCGAUCUCAAGACGACCACUUAUUUUCUUUCGAACUUGAUAUCUUCCGUCUUGAUCAACCACUUAACAUGGGUAGCAAGUGUUGCUGCACCAGAUAUUUGUUCAAAGACUCGCGAAUCUUUUAUUUUGGGAACGAAGCUCGAUCUUGAAGUCUUUCGGUAUCCGUAUAACACUCAACUGGCUCAAUAUAUGGAGGUAUGUGGAAGUGUCGGAGCCGCUCAACGGUUGGCUCGGACAGUUAUUCUGGGAGACGACAUGGCUUUAGUUACAAAGCUGAUAUUUGUCUUGUCUUAUUUCGUUAGGUGUUCUGCGCUUAGGGUUAACGCUGUCGCUGCUGAUGCGUGGGCUCAUGAUCCAACUGUUUUUGUCGUCCCCAGUGAACCGAAACCUUUUCCUGUAAAAAACAGUUUAUAUUAUCCCCCAAAAUCGAGAUUCAAUGAAAGUGCUGCGCUUAAAGUUUUAAACGGUGCAAAAAAUCGACGGAAAAGAGGGAAGGAGAAGAAACAAAGUAGUGACUGGGAGUUUCCAGAAUGUGCUGAAUAUUUACGUAAUGCUGAAACGAUGGAUAUGUCUUUGGCACGAUCACUGAUUGCUGGACCUUGUGAAGGAUAUUGCUCACACUUUGUGUUAUCUGGUUUGAAGCUAUCUUCGAUUAAUAUGAGUGAGACCUUAAGUUCAAUGAUCGACCAUGUGAAAAAUGGAGAGUCCGAGUUAUUUUGUCCCUCAUCGCCAGACUCGUCCUCGUCUUCUGCAGUUUCUGAAACAUCCAACUUCAAACCAACUGUGAUAGUUAUUGGGGAUACUAGCAAUUUUACAGUUAGGGUUUUUUCUGGGGAUGAGUCCAGGGUAGAAGAAUCUCAAAUGACGUCACCGUGUGAGUCGGUGGUCGCAAUGUUGGAGGAAUUUAAUGGUUUGUAUGAAGUAGGAACGAUGCCAUCGACGUUAAUAUCCUUCAUUGAAGAUGCUUUAGGAAAUAUAUUGGCAAAGUCAAUAUCAUUGUUAGAAGUAGUAGCAGGACGCGAUGUUCCUGUAGAACCAUCAGACAUGUCAUCGGAACGAGUUGCAAAAAUUAUUGGUUGCGAUUGUUCAGAUUUACGGUUAAUCUCAAAUGUAGCUGCGGUAUAUUUUCCACCAGUAUUAAACCUGUUGGUUUAG